AUGUCAGUACAUGAUAAAACUGCUGCAGAAUGGUUUGAUGAUAAACCCCCUACACUGUGGAGUAGACCACACUUCAAAACUGAUAUUAAGUGUGAUGUUUUAAUGAAUAAUUGUUGUGAAACAUUUAACUCGAACAUUUUGGAGGCUAGGGAGAAGCCUAAUGUCACUACGCUUGGAUGGAUCAGAGAGUAUAUAAUGAGAAGAUUGCAGGAGAAUAGGGAUAAGGCAGAACUGAAAUGGACUGGUGUUAUAUGUCCUAGGAUUCUGAAAAUUGUUGAGAAAAAUAUUGAAAAGUCCGCAGAUUGCAUUCCCAUAGAGGCUGAUUCAUCACAUUAUCAAUUAACCUGUUUUUAUGGUUCACAACAUUCAGUUGAUUUGGACAAGAGAAGCUGUUCUUGCAGGAAAUGGGAUUUGAAUGACAUUCCAUGUAAACAUGCUUGUAGUGCCAUAUUGUGUAAAGGUGAUGAUCCUAUUAAGUAUGUGAAUGAGUGCUAUAGUGUGGCAUCUUAUAAGAAUGUUUAUAAGACUGCAAUUAUGCUUAUGAAGAGGGAACCUGAUGAUAUAGUGUCAAAGCAGAAGAAAAAUGGUAAAGGGAAACAACAGAACAGGUUGAAAAAAGUGCAGAAGACUGUCAAGUGGAGCAAAUGCGUUGAGGAGAAACAUAAUGCCCGAAGAUGUCCAUUGAAGAACCUGCAAGAAGAUACACAAGUUACUGACACAUUUAAUCAAGUGAUACAAGAAAUCAAAGAAAAAGAGGCUCAUGCAAGAAAGAAAAGAAUGGCGAGACUGAAUAUCUAA